AUGUCCCUAAAGUCCAUCUUUGGCGGGGGGCCCGCGGCCAGCGCAGACGCGACGCCCGCCCCAAACGAGACGGAAGAGGCGGCGCCAGCGCCUCCCCAGCCCGUCCCCGACAAGCGAGCCGAGAUCAAGGCGCGGUGGAGGCUCGGGGUAUCCUGCAGCGACAAGGAGUUCCAGAGCAAGGUCGACGAGUUCACGGCCAUGUUCAAGGGGAGGCACCCGCUGCCGCUCGACGAGGUGCUGGACGAGCACUUCACGGAGCACGAGAAGGCCAUGUUCACGCGCGCGCCCAAGGACUCGGAGCUCGAGCGGCUGCAGCGCGGCUACAGCCGCAAGUACCACAGGCUGCUCCGCAGCGCGCGGUUCUGCGGCGCCAAGGUGGCGACGCCGGGCGAGGCCAGGGCCACCAAGCUCGCCAUGCUGUACUUUGGCCUCCCCGUGUCGCCCUGGGACAGCAUGGAGGUCGACCGCGAGCCCCCCAGCGACAGCGAGGACGAGUACGUCGGGGAACGCGAGCCGUCGGGCGCGCUGCGGUGGCUGAACGCGUACACCAAGCGCACCUACGGCAUGCCUGUCGAUCGCAAUGCGUUGGACCCCAAAUGCGAAGAGUACUACGCGCCCAUGGGCACCAACUCCUGCCGCGUCAAAGGUGAUGGCUGGUUUUGGCACUUCAAGAAGGACAUGGCAUCUCUGCGCGGCGGCGGCUCGUAUCAGGUUGCCAGCGACUCGGAAGAUGAGCCUGUACAGCCGACGGGCCCAUUCUGGCGGCUUCACGGACGUCGGGGCCAGGUUGUGUUCCACGAUCUGGACUCGUUUCGCCUUGCCGUAGACCGGCUGCUGGGACUCCGCCAACGCGGCGGCUUUGAAGUCCUUCUAAUCGUGCGCGACGACACCAAGCUGCGGAGCACGCCCGACUAUCAGAAGUUCACAACCGAGACAGAGGACGAAGAUGGCAUCUUCGUGGACUACAUCAAACGCUUGGAUCCGGGGGCAAACAGACGCACCUACUACCUGACCCUGCCCGACAUGGAUUACCCCAAGCCGCCCCAGUGGAUACCCGACAAGAACGACAGGAAUAUCGUGAGAGUGAGGCGGGAGGGCGACGUCAGCGGCGAGGUCGCCUACCUCAACAUAGUGCCGUUUGCGAACCGGCACUUUGCCCUCAACCCGGAGCUUGGGUCCGAGCAGUUCACGUCGUACCUCUGCGACGUGGCCAAGCUCCUCAUCCCCGGCACGACGUCGGGCGGCCAGAGCGUCGUCCACAGAACCGUCCAGGUGCGCGCGGGCAACUUCACGGCCAACAGCGUCGGCGGCCUCAACCUCACCGCGGAUAUCCUCGGCCUCCUCCACCAGCACGCGACGGGCGCCGCCGACGCGGAGCUGACCAUCAGCUGCCCGGAGCCGCAGAAGGACGGCCGGCGGAACUGGCGCAUCUACAUCCCCGGCGUGUGCGUGCCCGACCAGAGCCUCGCGAGCUUCGCCUUCAACCCGCGCAAGGCCAGGGGGAGGCUGGCCGACACCCUGCGCAGGCUCCUGGGGUCCGUCAUGGGCGCCGACUACGACAAGAUCAGCCACGUGGAGAUCUUCUGCCCCGGCGAGCGCAUGCUGCGGACCCUCGACAGGGACGAGCCGGGCCCCUUCGACUUUGACAUCGGCCGGCAGGACGCCGGCGUGGACGAGACCCUGGAAACGUCGGUCUCCUUCACCGGCCUCAUGGAGGAGAAGCGCCCGCAGAACAGGGCCUUUAUGGGCGUCCGGCCCGUGUUCGAGGAGUACACGGCGAUCAUGCGGGGCAGGGGAGGAACGUUCAGCGAGCGCGGCCGACCUAGCUUCAAGUUCGCCACCCCGUCCAAGCGGUGGUCGGGCUGCACGCUGGAGGAGUUUCGGGAGCUGGUGCUCGACAACAGCCUUUGCCCCGAAGACACCAACCCGAACAACAGCGACAUCUACAUCAGCCAAGUCCAGCCCGGCGUCGUCCAGGAGCCCGACUCGGAGAACUGCGUGGCCGGGUCGCGCAACCCCAUCCUCAUACGUCACGACAUGGACGAAGGGAACUGGGCCGUCAUAACGCGUCUCAUCGUCUCAAGAACGCUCUACGUGCAGAGGGCGACCCCAGCGACCGAGGGCGAUCUGGAGGACCAGGAAGCAGCGCCGUAUGGCUUCUCAAACAGGAUGUGGAACUCUGGUACGCAGCGCGACGGACUAUUCCCCCCGAUCCAGCCUAUCGGGCGAGGACUGGUCGGCCCAGCCCGCUCCGACAACGGAACCAAAGCCCAGGGAGCCACGCGCAAGGCGGCCUGGGCUGCAGAGGCGGAGAUGCUCAAGGACCAGCCCGAGCCGGCGUUCCUCCGGCGGCCGCCCACCUACUCCACCAAGUACCCCCUCUCGCAGGCGGAGCGCGACGCGGCGGCGCGCAAGGCGUACUUUCCCGGCCCCAUCUCCGUCUACGAGCAGUCCGGGCCGCGGCUCCCGCAGCCCGGGCCGCCGGUCGAGCAGUUCCUGAACACGGGGCCGAGCGUACCAUCGAUCAGCCGGUCCAUGAUGACGGCGACAGAGCAGCGGCAGCUGUCCAACGCCUUCGUCAAGAUGCGCAACAUCGCCGUCGGCCGCGAGUACGCGUGCCCAUUCAGGGGCUGCGAGGAGACCUUCCGGGUCGGCGACACGGACGCCAUCCACGCGCACGCCGAAAGGUGCCACGCGGUCGAGAAGUGCAACUUUUGCGACGAGCGCCUGUACCGGCACUGGGACGCCGAGCAGCGGCACCGCCACUUCGCCCUCAAGCACGCGGACCUGUUCACAAAGGGGUGGUACGGGGACGUGGACAGGACGGCCGGGCUGGGCCUCGUCUUCGACCAGGGCUACUGCGCGGACCGCGAGCGGGCCUACAACUUUUGCCCGCGCUGCGGCCGCGACCACCGCGUGCUCGGCCGGCACGCCGACCGCGUGCGGCACGACAACACGUGCAACUACAUGAUGGACUACCCCGAGGACCGGCCCUUCUGCUUCUGCGACGACUGCACGGCGUCCACGACGACGCCGCACCCGGCCAGGAGCUGCUGCGGCCGCGAGGCGCGCCGCACCUUCGACUUUUGCGAAGGGUGCGGCGACGCCAACCCGGACGGCGGCUGCCCGCACCCGGCGUCCAAGUGCACCGCCAAGGACUCGCGCCACGUGGGCAGGGCCCCCUACUGCAGCAAGUGCGGGCUCGCCCUGGCGCCCUACAGCAAGGGGUACCGGGACACGCACGCGCUCUCCUGCCGGGGCUUCAACGGGACCCCGGACGCCUUCUGCCCCUGGUGCGGCGUGGCGGCCAGCCACUCGAGGCGGGACUGGCUGGCACAUCUGGGCGGCUGCGCCAAGAACACGGGCGGCCACGAGGGGCCCGUGGACCUGGCCUCGGGCAGGCCGUGGGACGCGCUGCUGGUUCACGUCGACAGGCGCGCGUACGACUCCUGCUACCUCGCCGGCAAGCCCAAGUCCCCCUGGUGCUGGACCUGCGGCGCCGACAUCAUACCCCACACCGGCCAGGGCCACUGGGACCACUUUGCAACGGAGCACCCCGGCAAGGGCCUGGAAGAUUGCCCCUACUGCGACGAGGUGGUGCCGUUCGCGUCGCUUGGCUGGGGCAACGACGAGAGGGGCACCGCCAAGAAGAUUGCGCACCUGCAGCACCACAUCGAGUGGGCCAGGGAUGUGUUUGACGAGAUCAAAAUCUACGGCGAGGGUCACCACGCCUACCUCGGAGGGAUGGACGACCUGAUCGACAGGAAGUAUGGGACUUCCGGAAAGGCCGACACCAGCGACCAGCCCGAGACUCGUCCCUUCCACCGAUCAAAAUCAUCCCAGCCCCGGGGGAGGGGGAUCUCCCCGGCGGACGUCAACAUGCGGUCCCCCGCCAAGGCGGCCCGCGGAGGUCGCGGCGGCGCCCGCGGCGGACGGGCCGCGGCUGCGGCCACAGGUCGGGCCACGGCGCCGCCCGCAAAGGCCAAGGCCAAGGCCAAAGCGAAGAGCAAGCCCGCAGUCACCGUCGUCAACUAUGGCAGCGAGGACGAGGAGCUCUUCGGGACCUCGUCCGAGGAGGACGACGGCCCGCACCCGGAAUUUCCGGACGACGACGGCGACUACGGGAUGAGCGAGCCGGGCGAGAAGGCGGCGGCGGCCAGGCGGCACGGGCCAGCCGACCCGAGCUACAAGCCGCGCAAGCCGUCCGACUGGGACGACCCGGAGCUCAUCAAGGAGGCCGUCUUCGACCCGCCCGUCGAGGGCAGCCCGGGCCUGCCCGCCGUCGCGGCCGGCGACUGGACCGCCGGGCCCGUCGACGACAAGGCCCCGCCGCCCGCGAGCCCGACGGUAAAGCGGAAGCGCGCCCCCGCCGCUGCUGCUGCUGCUGCCGCCGGCGACCCGCCCGCUGCGGCCAAGGCCACGCCGGCGGCCAAGAAGCGCAAGGCCGCCGAGGCGGCGCCGGGGAAGACGCCGGCUGCCAAGAAGGUGACGACGACCACGGCCAAGAAGGCGGCGGCUAAAAAGACGGUGGCGACGCCUGCCGCUAAAAAGGCGGCGGCAACACCCGCGGCCAAGAAGGUGGCGGCAACACCUGCGCCCGAGAAGGAAGCGGCGACGCCUGCGACCAAGAAGGCGGAGCCGACGCCCGUGACGGUCGUCAAGGCGGCGACGAGGAAGCUAAUGGCCGGCACCGCUCCCCAACCGCCGGCCCUAGGAGUACCGGCGGCUCAGCGGACGACACGGUCGACUAGCCGGGCGCUGUCUGAGGCUGCGUCGUCAGACGCACAGUGA